GGAGUAAGCGGUCGUGUGAGAAGUGGUUCAAAGCGUUCUGAAGUUAGUGGCAGUGGCUUCGAUACUUUUCGAUACGUGUUCUUAACACUGCUUAAACAAGAGCGUCUGCUGCAAUUUUAAUUUCGUAGGGACGAAGGAAAAAUCUAGGCAUAAUAAUGGGAAAAUGUACAUAAUAUUUAGUGCUCUGACAAUAAUUUUGUGCCAAAUUAUUCUGAUGGCACCAUUAAAAGUUUUUAAUUUAAAAGAAACUACAGUUUUACAAUCAGAUGUCUUUCUGAUGGCCUAACCACAUGCAAACGAAGAUAAAAUGGUAUAGUUUAUCCGAAUUUCGUGCUACGAAAAUUAUUUAGUCAUUUGUUAUGCUGCUUAGCGAGAAAUUUAGUGCCUGUAAUAAGGAAAGCGUUCAGUGAGACAUCGAAGAAAGGUUCUGAAGCAUGGUGAUCCAGCAAUUGUCGGAAGAGCCGCCUCUUAUUAAAGCAAUUUUCACGGGAGAUGUCGAGGAAGUUCAACUAUUGCUUGGACAGAAGGAGGAUGUGAAUUUUCAGGAUAGUGAGAAGCGCAGUCCAUUGCAUGCAGCUGCCUUCAGGGGAGAUGCAUAUAUUGUGGAGGCACUGAUACUGAGUGGUGCAAGGGUGAACACCAAAGAUUCAAAAUGGCUCACCCCACUUCAUCGGGCAUGCUGCAGUGGGAGUGAGGACACUGUGGAAGUUCUGCUGAAACACAAGGCUGAUAUCAAUGCUAGGGACAGACAUUGGCAGACACCACUACAUGUAGCUGCUGCUAAUAAUGCUGUUCACUGCGCUGAUAACCUGAUACCUCUGUUACCUAACAUCAAUGUGACUGAUAGGGGCGGGCGCACCAGUCUGCAUCACGCGGCAUACAAUGGCCAUCAUGAGAUGGCUGAGCUUCUGCUUACUCAGGGCUGUGUGGUGAAUGCCUGUGACAAGAAGGAUAGACGGGCUCUGCACUGGGCUGCCCACAUGGGCUAUGAGGAUGUUGUGAGGCUCUUGAUCAACCACGCUGCUGAUGUGAAUGUGAAAGACAGAGAUCUGUAUACGCCGCUUCACGCUGCAGCUGCAAGUGGCAGUGUCACAGUGGCGCAGAUACUCGCGGAGAGCGGUGCAGAAGUGGAUGCCCGUAACUCCUAUGGAAAUACCCCCCUCCACAUAGCAUGUUUGAAUGGACAUUCCAAUCUAUGUAGUGAGCUGGCAUACUGUGGUGCAGAUAUCAAUGCACUUAACUACAGGGGCCAGACUCCGCUGCACAUAGCCGCUGCAUCAACACACGGAGUGGGGUGCCUUGAUGUACUCAUUAAGAUGGGAGCUGACAUAAAUGUCCAGAGUGAAGAUGGAAGAACGCCACUGCACAUGACAGCCAUACAUGGGCGCUUUACUCGCUCAAAAACUCUCAUUGACCAUGGAGCUGUUGUGGACAGCAUGGAUAAGAUUGGCUGUACUGCACUGCACAUAGCUGCCCUGUAUGGUCACGAGCUCCUGAGUGGAACACUGCUGACUUUUCAAGCAGAUCCUAGCAAGAGCGGAUAUGAAGGUCGGACACCACUUCACAUGUGCUGCCUUGGUGGGUUUGUGGAAUGCUGUCGUAAAUUCUUGCAAGUAGGGGUUGAUAUUGACAUUCAGGACAAUACGGGCAAGACUCCCUUACAUUUGGCAGCAUUUAAAGGGUCAGUUGACUGUCUCGAUCUGCUGGUAAGCAGUGGUGCCAACUUCCAGCUACAAGAUGCACAGUGUCGAAUACCCCUCCAUUAUGCAGCUGCACAGGGCCAAUAUCCAUGUGUGUUUACAUUGGUUGGGAUUGGAAGUCAGGUGAACAAGCAAGAUGUGGAUGGUUGCACACCUCUCCACCAGGCAGCAGCACAGGACUUGGAGGGAAAGUGUGUGGAGUACCUGUUACAGCACAAGGCAGACCCCAGAGUGCAGGAUAAUAGGGGCUACACUGCAAUCCACUAUGCUGUGGCAGGCGGCAAUCAGGCAGGCCUGGAGUUCCUGUUGUCAGCUGUUGGCUUGUCUUUCAGUCUCAGUAGUGAUGACAUGCCCAAGGUGACCCCUUUACACUUAGCGGCCUACCAUGGACAUGGUAAUAUUCUGCGACUGCUGUUACCGCUCUUCUCAAAUGCAAAUAUCAAAGAUGACACUGGCAAAACACCUCUAGAUCAUGCCUCGUUUAAAGGUCACCGUCAGUGUGUGCAGUUGCUGUUGCGCUGUGGGGCUCUUGUAAGUGUGCAUGAUAACGUGACACAUCGGACGCCUGUCCAUGCAGCUGUAGCAAAUGGCCACAAGGAAUGUUUACUGCUGCUCUUGGAGAACACUGAGGAGAGCCAGGUUGUGGACAGUGUGGACUACAAGAAGCGGACGCCUCUGAUGCUGGGUGUGUCGGCAGGUCACAGUGAGUGCGUAGUAUUGUUGCUGAAGUAUGGUGCCAACACAAAUCUCGUUGACGAAGAUCAGCAUCCCGCCCUUUUCAGAGCUGUGGUGCAUGGGCACCAAGAGAUUGUGGAGCUCCUGGUGGGCCGGGGGGCGAGUCCCACAUUCCAGGAUCGUGAUGGCAAGUCAGCACUGCACUUGGCAGCCGCUUGUGGCCAUCUGUCAUGCCUUGCCACCUUGCUGGGGAACACAAGUGAAGACAUGAGUGAACUGCAGGAUAGCCAGGGGUGUACAGUCCUGCAUUGGGCAUGCUACAAUGGUAAUGCCAACUGCGUGGAGCAUCUUUUGGAACAGAAGCAUGUCCGGAGCAUGGAGGGGAACCUCUUCUCGCCCGUUCAUUGUUCUGUGAGCAAUCCCUUCCAAGGCAGUGAACAGUGCUUGGAGCUGCUGAUCAGACACUUCGGGCCAUCAAUCGUAAACUUGAGGGACCACCGGGGACGCACGCCCCUCCACGUAGCUGCAUUCCACAAUAACGUAGACUGCAUGCACUUGCUGCUUAGCAGUGGUGCCAGUGUGGAGGACAGGGAUGUUACCGGCAAGACUUCGCUCCUUGUGGCCGCCUACAGUGGACAGUGCAAUGCUAUUGAGUUGCUCCUGGACUGGAAGGCAAACAUCAAGGCUUGUGACCUGCAGGGCAACACCGCCCUUCAUCAUGCUUGCCAACGUAAACACAAUCGCUCAGCCCUCCUCUUACUUCAGAGGACAGAUGAUGUAGAGGUUGUCAACAUGACCAACAAGGAACUGCGCACACCACUGCACCUAUCUUCACGACAUGGUAUGGUUGCUGUGACGCGCUUGCUUCUGGAGAAGGGUGCGUCUGUGCUUGCUGUGGACUGCAAUGGAAUGACACCUGCUCUGGCCUGUGCCCCAGAUCCAAAUGUGGCUGAAUGUCUUGCCAUCAUUCUCUCUAUGUACCCCUCAGUCACGCUGCUGGCACAACAACCAAACAACUUCCAAAAAGGUCUCAAGAAACGUCCGACACUGACGCAACUGCUGCAGCUGCAUCCUCUGUCAUCGACUGACUAUUCCAUGUACAAUAAUGUGACAUCACCAGAGAUGAAGGCUGCUGGAGAUCAGACGAAUCUCUCCCACCACAGCUCGGACUCUGAUUUCUACUAGCGACUGAGACGAAGAGCAAGGGAGAAUGACUUGGUGCUUAUACAGACAUAGCCACAACCCAGAAUAAACAAGACUUGAGUCCUCAUUUUUUACUGCUUUAUCAUGAACUAAUAUUUUAUUUUUGGGUUGUGGCUGUCACAGUUGUCCUUGGACAGCAUUGCCAUAAUUCUUAGUAGUACCUCUUUUUUUAAAUAACAUUUGUCCCAGUAAUAAAGUGAUAUGCUGAUGUUGAUAUAAUAAAUUCUAAAGACAUUUUAAUAUUA